AUGACAGAAGCUAAAUCAGGUUGGAGUAGAGAGCAAAAUAUAGUAUUUGAGAAUGCCUUGGCAGCUUAUCCUGAGGAUUUUGUAGAUAGGUGGAAGAAAAUUGCAGGUGAUGUUCCAGUGAAAACCUUAGAAGAGAUUAAGAAUCAUUAUGAACUCUUACUCGAUGAUGUUAGCCGAAUCGAGUCUGGUUGUGUGCCUUUGCCUUGCUACAACUCUUUCUCUGAUUGUUCUGUGAGCCAUAUCAGUGAUAAAAGAACAGGCAAGAAGAGUGGGAUUUCGGCGGCCAUAAAUGGUGAGCGAAAUGAUGGAGGUAAAUUUACAAGCUCGGAUCAGGAUCGUCGCAAAGGGAUUGCUUGGACGGACGAUGAGCACAAGUCAAUAAUCGUUGGGCUUCAGUCACUUCAGUACAAUAUUAAGCUAAAUGUAUGUUUUGAUAUAUAUUUGUAA